UUAUUCGUGUCUUCCAACUUCGUUGUCCCGUAUUCUAUGCUUACCUCCUUGAUGGAGUACUGGACCGAUCCUCGUCACUCGCUUACGCUACGUCGCCUAUUCCGGUUCCUUUCCCUCGUAUCUAUGUGCGUUCUCGCUAUGACUUGUGCGGUUUCUGCUGUGACCUUCCGCGGUUAUCGUCAUGACCUUCCUCGGUUAUCUUUGUACAUAGGCAUCUUGGGCAGGGUCCUGCGAAGAGAGCGUAUCGCGUAUCUACUGCUGCUUAUUUCCCCCGUUCCCCUCCUCUCUAGCCCGCCGCGACACCACUGACUGCUUCCUCGUGUAUCGUCCCUCGUUCGUCCAGCGUAUUCGUUGACAAUUCUGAUCUGCAUUGGUUUGA